AUGCUGUACACCGGGUACCUGCGCUCGCUCGCAGGGGUGAUGGGCGCGCAGGGGGGAUGGGCGCGCAGGGGGGAUGGGCGCGCAGGGGGGAUGGGCACGUGGGAUGAGACGGGGGAGGGAGCACGAGGGACAGUGGCAGGCCGUGGGAAUGCUGUACACGGGAUACCUGUGCACGCAGGGGGGAUGGGCCCGCCUCCUUCUCCCUGCCUUGUCAUUCUCACCCGCUGUGCCUUGUCAUGCCAUCGCCUGCUUCCGUUCCGGCGAAUCUCAACGGCGUCACUAACCAACUUUCGCCCGCUCCUCCACUCGCCCCCACCUCGUCCCAAUCUCCCUUCAGCCCUUUCCGCUCCCCGCCUUCGUCCUCGUCCCCGUUUCCUGCCACCGUCAGCCGCGCUGCUUUCUCUGCACUCCGCUCGCCCCGCUCUAGCGGGCUCGCAGCAGAGGAAAAACAUUCGGCGCCGCACCUUACACUCGCCUCACUCGCCCACUCCCUCUCCCCUCUUCCCCACUCUCUCCCCUCUCUCCGCUCUUCCGCACCCUAUCCCCUGGAUCCCCUCUCUCUCCUCUCUCCCUUGCAUCCCUCCCUCUCACUCCCUCUCCCACCCUUUCCACCCUUCCGCCUCUGCACCCACUGGCCAAUCCCUCGCACCUGCUGCCCUGAGAAUGCCCCCCUCUGCUGGGUGGCGUGACGCGGACGGUGACGCCAUGCCUGACGUCGGCAGCAUGUGUGACGUCAGCCUGCUGCACUGGCGAUGGAGGAGGGAGGGAGAGCGAGUGAGGGAUGUGUGGAGGGGAGGGAGAGUGGUCGUGAGGGGAGCAGAGAGAGAACGUGGUGGUGCUGGCGUUGAUGCCCGCUGUCUCGCGCUGCGCCUGAUUGGCUGCCUUGCUCCGCUGGCUGCUGACGUGGCACACGUGCAGGAGCUGGUGGUGCGGGCGGCGAUGGAAGCAGAGGGACAGCAGGAGGUGAGCAAGGGAGGGAGAAGAGAAGGGGAGGAGGGGAAGGGGGGGAUAAGGGGGAGUAGGAGCUCUCCUUGCGGCCACAUUCCUCUGUGUUGUCUCUGCCCCCUUCAUCCUCAAUCCCCCUUCUUCACCUCUAUUCCUCGCGUCUUUCCCUUCCCCGCCUCUCUCCCUUAUUCCCCUCCUUCCCUCCCUCCACUGUUCCUCUUCCCCCCACCCUCAGCUCUCUUCGCGCUCACCUUCCUCCCAUCCUUCGAUUAA